GGGCUCAACCAGUAGCGUACUGCCUGUGUAAAGUGGAAAAAAUCAAAAAUUGUGUGUCUCAUGUCUCAGAAGCCGGCAGCAGACGAAGCGAGACGGAAAAGCAAAAAUUCGGUGCAAAAAAAACUGCGCAUUAGACUCUCAGAAGCCGCAAGCAGAGGAAGCGAGACAGCGAGGGGGUGAAAAGAACCGAGAAAAAAGGGUUGUUUCAAGCCGGCUGCCCACAAGAGUAUUGCGCAGUAGAAUUAUAAUGGAAAAUACAAGUGGACCACCAGCCGGGAAUAUGCAGCAAAACGCGAACGAGGAAGCGAUGAGGUCAACACUCCUAGAAGAAAACACACAGACGCUCCAACAGCUGGUUCAACUGCUCUCGAUGAAAAUAAAUGCUGAUGAAAUAGACAAGAAAAAUGAUGCAAAGCUGGUAGUGGAAAAUUUUGCCAAAAUUAUUCCAGAAUUCAACGGAGAAAAUAUGUCGGUACAGCAGUGGUUUAUUAACUUCGAGCUAAGCGCUGAAGCAUACGGACUAAAUGACAAACAAAAAUACGUGCAAGCCCGAGCAAAAAUGACAGGUACAGCCGCUCUUUUUCUCGAGUCCACAGCAGUGUAUGAGUACGGCCAAUUGCGUCACCAACUUUUACAGGAGUUUGAGUGUGAGCGUUUAUGCAGUGCGCAAAUUCACAAUCAACUGCCUAUGCGAGUGAAGAUGGCCGGCGAAAGUUUUCACGAAUAUAUACUACAGAUGAAACGCAUUGCUGCACGUGGGACAACAGACACGGAGUCGGUGAUUCGAUACAUCGUCGACGGACUGAAUUUAAAAAUGGAUUAUAAGUACACCUUGUAUGGAUGCAGCUCAUACAAGCAGCUGCGAGAGAAGUACGAAAUCUACGAAAGAACGCUCGCGGUUGAUGGGGGUUUGGCCCCAAAACAAAAAGACUCACAGCCGUUCGGAAAGAAGUCCAAUUUCACCAAAUAUGAAAGGAAGCAACACUGCUACAAUUGUGGAUCCCAGGAGCAUCUACGCAAGGAUUGCCGAGCUGCAUUAAAGUGUUCCCGCUGCAAUCAGACUGGACACAUGUCUAAGGAUUGCCCGAGUGCUGCUGCCAUAAACGUUGCAUACGAAGAAAAACGCCUGAAGUCUCUUAAAAUUAACGACGUGCAAGUCAAGGGGCUCAUAGACACCGGUGCAGAUGUUUCCCUAUUAAAGAUGUCAGUGUUCGGCAAAAUGAGUGGUAUCCAUCUGCAAGACAGUUCGUCAACUUUGAGGGGACUUGGAAACAACAUCACACGCUCCGCUGGGCAGUUUACGGCAAAAGUGGAGAUCGACGGAAUGCGACUGGCACACAAAUUCCUUGUGGUGGCCGAUCAUGCCGUCGGAUGCGAAUUGUUGCUGGGACACGACUUUAUAUCCAAGUUCACAAUGACAUCAACCCCAGGAGGAUAUAAGUUUUCUCCACUGCCGGGGGAGGAAACUGAGGACACCAAACAGAUAAGUAUUUACAACGUGGUCGAAGCAAAUACUGACAUAAACAUUCCAUCGCAGUUCAGAGAUGCCGUCCAAUCAAUGAUUCAGGACUUUACUGAAAAGAAGCAGACUGCAGUGUGCCCGAUCAUGCUGAAGAUCGUACCGGACGAGAAAAUAGCGCCGUUUCGACAUUCGCCAAGUCGAGUGGCCAUCAGCGAAGCCGACGUUGUCAAGCAGCAGAUCGAUGAAUGGGCCAACGCUGGGAUAAUACGACGCUCAUCAUCAAAUUUCGCCAGUCGGACUGUAAUUGUCAAGAAAAAGGAUGGGAGCAGCCGGGUCUGCGUGGACUAUCGUCAGUUGAACAAGAUGGUCUUGAAAGAUUGCUUUCCCGUUCCAAUCGUUGAAGAGGGGCUGGAAAAACUGGAAAAUGCUAAAGUGUUCACCAUCAUGGACUUGGAAAAUGGGUUUUUCUACGUUCCUGUGGAAGAAAGCAGCAAAAAAUAUACGGCGUUCAUAACGAAGGAAGGCCUCUUUGAGUUCAACCGUGCGCCUUUCGGUUUUUGCAAUUCGCCAGCAGUUUUCAUCCGUUUUAUAAGGUCAAGAAUGUACAGGUCGUUAUACACGAUGAAACCGCCGACGAAUGCCUGGGAAAGCUGAAGAAGGUUUUUGAUGCAGCAGCUGAAUACGGGCUGAAGAUGAAGUGGAAGAAGUGCCGAUUUCUGCAGUCGACCAUUACAUUUUUGGGUCAUCAAGUUGGAGGAGGUGAAAUCAAGCCUGGAUUGGAGAAAACCAAAGCCGUCAGCAAGUUCCCGAUGCCGAAAAACAUAAAGGCUGUGCAGUCGUUUUUAGGAUUAACUGGGUUUUUCCGUAAAUUCAUAAGAAACUAUUCGCUAAUCGCCAAACCACUGACCAAUCUGCUGCGAAAAGAUGUCCCAUUUAAAAUGAGUCUGGAGGAGCAGCAGGCGUUCGCUACGUUAAAGGAAGCAUUGGUGAAAGAGCCGGUCUUGAAACUUUAUCGCAGGAAUGCAAAAACCGAGAUACACACUGAUGCGUCAAAGGACGGGUUUGCAGCGGCGUUGUUACAAUGGCACGAAGGACAAUUGCAUCCGAUCUUAUUCUGGAGUAAGAAAACCUCGGAGUCUGAAGCACGACAGCAUAGCUAUAUACAAGAAGCCAAAGCAAUUUUCCUAGCGUGCAAAAAAUUUCGUCAGUACAUACUUGGAACCAACUUUAAGCUCGUAACGGAUUGCGCUGCUUUCAAGCAAACGUUAAGCAAGAAGGACGUUCCGCGGGAGGUAGCCCAAUGGGUCCUGUACUUGCAGGACUACGACUUUGAAGUGGAACACAGACCAGGAGAACGGCUGAAGCAUGUGGAUUGCCUGAGUAGGUACCCAAUUGAUGUCAUGAUGGUAUCUUCGGAAGUCACAGCAAGAAUUAAGAAAGCCCAGCAGGAGGAUACGAUGAUCAAAGCAGUUUCCGAAAUUUUGAAAAGUAAACCAUAUGAGAACUUUAAGUUGAAAGCUGGUCUCGUAUACAAAAUGGUGCAAGGCACGGACUUGCUGGCAAUACCGAAGUCAUUAGAAAAAGAAAUAAUAACCGACGCUCACAAUGCAGGACACUUUGCCGCUCAAAAAACAAUGCAUACCGUACAGCAGAGCUAUUGGAUUCCACAUCUGGAAGGAAAAGUAAUGCAGAUCAUAGGAAA